AUGUCUGACAUCGGUAACGUCGUUCGCGGCCACAAGGCCAACCUCAGCAACCCCAACACCUCCGAGGAAUCCAAGCAGCACUCUCUCGAAGUCAUCGAGAAGGAGCUCGGCACUGAGACAAACUCUGGCGCCAGCGCUACUGCUCACAACGACGACGGCAAGGAUCCCAUGAGANNCGCUGCCGGUCUCAAGGCUGCUCUCCACAACCCCAACGUCUCUGAUGAAGCCAAGGAGAACGUCUCGCACCAUCUUGCCGACAUCACCUCCUCUUCUCACACCGACGAUGGCAAGGAUCCUACCAGAGUCGCCGCCGGCCUCAAGGCUGGGCUUGACAACCCUAACGUCUCUGACGACACCAAGGAGCACCUCAAGGAGCGCCUUGACGACAUGAACUAG